AAGGAAGGUGGGCUCGGAAGCCGGGGUGCGGGGGCCGCAGAGGCCCGCCCUCGGGGCUGUCAUCCGUAGGGACCGGAGCAGGCCGCCGCGCUGGGUGAAAGGCGGGUCAAGAACUUGGAACAAACAGCCGGGACCUGCAUCCCACUUGCUGACUGUGUGACCUUGGCUUGUCCGUUUCCUAGUCAGCCACACCGAGGUGGCAACACUGCUGUUGCGAGGCUUGAGUUCGUGUUGUGCGAGGUGCCUGGAACAGUCCUGGGAACGGACUGUGUGUCUGAUAACUGUCUGCACUCCUCCGGGCUGACGGUGAACCCGUCACAAAGGAGACUGCGUACCCAAGCCACUGUCACCCCGCGGUGCUCUGCUCCUGGGGGGUUUGCACUGACAACAAGCGCACCGGCAUUUGUGUCCCUGGGAGAUUAUCCGUGGUCGCAGUCAACCUGUUGAAGAAAUGGAUUUGGAUCAGUUGGACCUGAAUCCCAGAAUUACUACUGCGGUCAAGAAAGCCAAACUGAAGUCAAUAAAGGAGGUUUUGCAUUUUUCUGGACCAGACCUGCAGAGACUAACCGGCCUCUCCAGCCUCGACGUGCAACACUUGCUGAGAACGGCCUCCCUGCACCUGCGGGGAAGCAGCGUCUUCACAGCUCUGCAUCUGCACCGGCAGAAGAAGAGGUUCCCCACCCAGCACCAGCGCCUGAGCCUGGGCUGCCCCGUGCUGGACGGCCUUCUCCGCGGCGGCCUGCCCCUGGACGGUGUCACCGAGCUGGCCGGUCACAGCUCCGCCGGGAAGACCCAGCUGGCCCUGCAGCUCUGCCUGACCGUGCAGUUCCCUCCGCGGCACGGAGGCCUGGAGGCCGGGGCCGUGUACGUCUGCACCGAAGACGUCUUCCCGGACCUGCGUCUGCAGCAGCUCAUUGCGGGGCAGCGGCAUCUGCGGACGGACGUUCCGGGAGAGGUGAUCGACAAGAUGAAGUUUGGCCACCAGAUCUUCAUCGAGCACGUGGCCGACGUGGACGCCCUGCUGGAGUGUGUGAAUAAGAAGGUGCCCGUGCUGCUGUCGCGGGGGAUGGCCCGCCUAGUGGUCAUCGACUCCGUGGCAGCCCCGUUCCGCUGUGAGUUUGACGGCCUGGCCUCAAUGCCCAGGGCCAGGCGUCUGCAGGCCUUGGGGGCCACCCUGCGCCGGCUGAGCAGCACGUUCCGGAGCCCCGUGCUAUGCAUCAACCAGGUGACAGAGGCCAUGGAGGAGCAGGGCGCGGCACCCGGGCCACAAGGUCUCUGGGAGGAGCGGGUCUCUCCAGCCCUCGGAAUGACCUGGUCCAAUCAGCUCUUAAUGCGGCUGAUGGUCAGCCGGCGCCGCCCCGAGGAGGAAGCCGUCCUCCCCCCGCCUGGCCGCCCUGACCGCACCCUGCGGGUGAUCUUCGCCCCUCACCUGCCCCCCUCAUCCUGUUCCUACACCGUCAGCAUGGAGGGGGUACGGGGGACUCCCGGAACCGAGGCCCAUUGACGUGGCAGCUGCAGAACGGCCGGCCAGGUCCCAAGAAACCCCAAGUCUGGCCGAGCCCUCCACACUCUGCGGGCACAGGGGACUCACGUCUUGACCCGGGACACCCAUCGCUGGGACAGGGUCUGCUCCAGGGGUUGGCUGCCCCUUCUCAACGGCGGGAAGGCAGUAAGCAUGGAUGACCCGCCUGACGUGGCCUCCCCCUGGGCAGGGCCGUCUGCCUUCACGCCCCACGCCCCCACUGCCCCCCACGCUGCCUGGCACAGCGGGCCCUGGACCCUUUCGCCAUGGCCUGUUCUCUGCCGGGCACUGUCCUAAGUAAUUCAUCCACACUGGAGUGCGUCUCCUUCGCAGCCCCUGGGGAUGGGCACAGUUACCGUCCUUGGUCUCAGGGAAACUGAGGCAGAGAACAGUGAAGUGACUUGGCCAACCUCCUGCAACUCCAUGAGGCAGACGCUGAUCCCCAGGCUGGUACCAGGAGGGCAGGGACAUAACCUGACCCAGUACUAGGGUGGAGGCAGAGGUCCCCAUAACUGGGCAGACUCGCACUGUUUUGACAUUUUCUAGAGCAGAAAAAUUCUAAUUUCCAUCCCAUUUUUAAGUAGUCUGGGACUCUCAGAAGGUUGAGAAUGGCUGGUGUUAAGUAGGAAACCGUUCUUUUAGGGUUGGAAUUUUAUAAAAGAGCCUUUCUGCAAGUGCAGGGACUUUG